AUGAGUUCGUUGCACCAUCAUUUGUUUCUAUUCCUGUGCUUCUAUGCUGCUGUUCAGGCUCCAUACAGUGAAGGCGAUAUCAUGUUGGGCGGACUUUUUAGCGUGCACCAGGCGCCAGACUGGCCAGGGUCGCGAUUUGAAGAGAUAUAUUUGAGAGGACUUGGUCGCAUGCAGGCCAUGAUCUUCGCAAUCGAACGAGUAAACAAUGACACAAGUCUUCUUUCGAACAUUUCCCUAGGAUAUGACAUAAGGGAUUACGGUGGAAACCUCUCAAAAGCUGCGGGACUCAUUUACAAACUACUGACCGUUGAUUCUUGCGUCAAUUUAAGCCAAAAUGCCCCAAGAAAGAAAGCCAUCAUUUCUUUAAUAGGCCCAAACGAAUCUCGAACAGCACUAUUCAUUGGUGGAUUUCUUCGGAUGCUCAAUGUUUCGAGCAUAACUGGAACAGCAACCAGUACGGAGCUUAGCUCUUUUACCUAUAAACAUUUAUAUCGAACGGUGCCUUCGGACAAGUUUCUUGCAAAAGCGAUUGUUGACUUAAUUACGCACUUUAACUGGGGCUAUGUUGCUGUCGUUGGACAAGAUGAUUCGUAUGGAAGAAGUGGAGCAUGGGCAGUGGUUAGCGAAAGUUCGUCAAGGAAGAGCUCGUUCUGUAUUGCUUUAACGGAGUUUAUACGCCUCGAAAGUCCGCAUCUGAGUGUUCGGAACAUAGUUCAAAAGCUUAAACAGAUGGACAAUGUCAAAGUUGUGAUCUUAUGGUUAUACGAGAAUUACCAAACGAAGUUUUUGGCAGAGGUUCAGAGGCAAAACCUAACUGGACGUGUGUGGAUUUUGAGCGAGAUUCAUUUAACUUCUACACUGCCAGUAAAAGGUAUUCUCGAGAGCUCUUUAGGAUUUCAAUUCCAUAAAUUCAGCGACUCUGGCUUCAAGGAAUAUUUAAAAGAUAUAUUGGUCAAGGAGAGAGACGAUAGAAGUUUUUCUGAAUGGAACCACAUUACAAGCGAAAAAUGGAAGUUCUUGAAGAACAUGAAGUGUGUUCAUCGCCAAAUUGAGCAGUGCUCUAACGAGUUGAUUAAAGAAAUGUACAGCUCCUAUGUUCCGUACAUCAUUGACGCCGUAUAUGCCGUGGCACACGCACUAGAUAUUUUCAAUCGAAAUUUUAGCUAUGACGAGACCAAAGAUCGGGCGAAAUUGCAGAUAGCCAACAGUUUUGACGUGCAGAAGCUUCUUGGCCGCGUCAGUUUUGACGGACUAACUGGAAAAAUCAAGUUUGAUCGAUUUGGCGACAGGAGCUCGGCGUAUUACGACAUUUUUAGCUUUAAAAAUGUACCCAAUGGAGAUGUGGAGAGUGUAAAAAUGGUGCUGAUAGGAGAAUGGAAAAAUUCAAAGAGGAACGAAACUCGCUUGAUUUUUCAUGAAGCCCUGAAUUGGACGACUAAAUCUGGUCGCCCUCCGAAAUCGGAAUGUUCAGAACAGUGUCCUGCUGGAACAAGGAAAUCUUCUACCUCACCUUGUUGUUGGCAGUGCCUUCCGUGCCUUGGUGAAACCAUCAGCUCAUCUGCUGGUUCUGAAAGCUGCAGAGAAUGUCCCAAAGGAACAAUAUCUAACCCAGCGAAUACAGAGUGUGUCGCCUUACCCUCUGCUCACAUAAGCUAUACGAAUAUAACCGGAAUUGUGAUUCUAACGUUUGGCAGCCUCGGAGUAGUUGUCACAUUGUUUUGUCUGGCUGCCCUCUGCAAAUUCUGGAAUAGUCCCAUCGUCAAGGCAUCUAAUAGGGAGCUUAGCCUUUCCCUUUUAUUUACAAUUCUUGCAUCAUUCUCUCUGGUAUAUAUUGAUGUCUUUAAAACCACAAAUACAAUUUGCAUGAUCAUAUACCCGUUACGUUAUUUGACCUAUAACAUCUGUCUCUCCACAUUAUUGGUAAAGGUGUUGCUUAUUUCUUGUGCUUUUCGGGUUCCCAUUAUGACCAGUUUGGAACUCACUUCUCUUCCAAACAAAGCACAGGUUGGGAUUUUUAUAGCAUUUCUAGCUCCACUGUUGUCGGUGUUGAUGCCAUGGUUGCUUUUGGAUCCACCCUUCAACUUUCAACAUAUCUAUCCGAAACGUUACACCUUUGACGAAUGCAAGGCAUACUCCAGCUCAGUUGGAAAGUCUCUAUUCCUGGCAACAUGCUUUUAUAUCUUCUUCCAAAUGCUGGUGUCCUCGGUCUGUGCCUUUAAGGUUAGGAAGAUUCCUGAAAAUUUCAGCGAGGCCAAACGAAUCGCCUUUUCCAUGUACAUAUGUUUUUUCUCGUUGCUUUGUUAUCACCCGGUAGAAUUGUCCUUGAAUGGAUGGUAUGUAACGGUUGUGGACUGUGUAACAACUCUGUUGAGCGCCUAUGGUUUCCUUUGUUGUCUAUUUUUGCCCAAAAUGUAUAUUCUGUUCUUCAGGCGGGAGAUGAACGAUGCGAAUGGCAUAAGACAAGAAGUCACUCAGUUCUCGUUUAGUUCAGGUUGUGUACGUGUAAACCGUACUUUUGAUAGUUCAAAUUAG